UAUCGGUCGCCUGUCUUCAAAACUGUGAUGUUCACGAAAAUAAAAUAAAAACGAGACGAGAGACAAUAAUUCGUGACGUGUGGUGCGCGGACAGCGUAGGGACUGGGUGCCGAAUGCCGGACAGUAUCAGAAAUAAGUCCUGAUAAACAUACAAGCUUAUAACACGCACUCUUACGCUAAUUACCGUUUCACAGUGUAUCAGUCGCGUAAAUCGGACGGGUUACUCUGACUAAUCAGCUAAUUAAUUGAAAUAAUAAUAUCGCAUGUUUUCGAUCAUCGUUACAUUGUACUUAUCUGCAGUCGCGGUUCGACUCUUAAAAACAAUGCUUGUUGAUGGUGCUGUGACUAGUGGUUUUUAAUUUAUUUUUAAGUUAAAUGUUUUUAAAAUGGAAGAUAAAAUAAAUACUGUUGCUGAAGAUGUUGAUAAUAAGGAUAAAUAUGCGGCGGAUUUGGAUCAAGCCUUGGCAGUGGCAGGAAUCGGAUGGUACAACAUAAAGUACUGUUUAGCAUUGGCCCUGUUCCUGAUAGCAGCUAUCGUGGAACCAGUUGGCUACUCCUUCGUGCUGCCAGCAGCGAUGUGUGAUCUCAACAUGACUGAUGGCCAAAGAGGAUUCAUCUCAUCUAUACCUUAUAUAGGUAUCGUGGCCACAUCAUUUCCAUGGGGCUACUUAGUAGACACUCGUGGACGAAAGAGAGUGGUCAUAUACGCCUCGCUACUGGCUGGGGUCUUUGGAAUGACAGCUGCAUUCAUGCCAAACCUCAUAAGCUUUGCAGCAUGCAAAUUCGUCACAUCACUUUGCAUAGCCUGCCCAGCGGCGGUGCCUUACACGUUCAUCGGUGAGAUCCUGCCGGCUAAGUACAGAGAUGUGGUGCUCUCCAUCACAAACGCUCUGCAGAUCAGCGGCUCUGCUCUAGUGCCUCUACUGGCUUGGGGUAUACUGCCACUAGAUUUCCGGAUAGACUUCGGACUAUAUUACUUCAGGCCAUGGAGACUCCUUGCAAUUAUAUACUCUUCAGUCUUCAUACUGGCAGCAGUGCUACUGACAUUUGGUCCCGAAAGUCCAAAGUAUUUGGUAUCACAGGGCAAACUAGAUGAAGCACUUAAGGUUCUUCAAACGAUGUAUGCUGGAAACAAAAGAAAAGCUCCUGAAGACUAUCCAAUCAAGCGGCUGGAUGCUCCUCAGUUUGAAAAACAAAAGACCGGUUUCCUAACUUCAUUGAAAGUACAAAGCUUGCCGUUACUCAAACCGCCAUAUUUGAAAUGGUUUGCACUGAACGGUUUUCUUCUGUUUGGCAUAUUUGCAGUAUUAAAUGGUUUAUACAUGUGGGUCCCAGAUGUGCUAAACCGAGUCCUAACUGGCGACGGCGAAGGUAUGACAGCCUGUGAUGUCAUCUUCGACCGACUUAACCAGACGAUAGCAGAAGACGCUGAAUGCGUAGACACAAUAGAAAACAUAACAUUCGUCAUCAGCUCAGUGGCAAAUGUAAGCUGUGCCGUAAUAGCCGUGGCAGUCAGCAGUACAGUCAAGAUUAUUGGCAAGAAACGACUCUUGAUCUCCGUCUACCUCUUAAUAGGGACGUUUUGUGUUCUCAUCAAUUUUAUAACGCAAGACAUGCUCUUUGCUGUCCUUCUGUCCUCGUUCCCGAUUAUGGGGUUGGCUAUAGGCCCUGUCAACGCUUACGCUGUAGAAUUCUUCCCUACGAAUUUGAGAGGCAUGGCUGUGAGUUUAACCAUGAUGUUGGGUCGAACAGGCUCGAUAAUAGGCACUAACGUCGCAGGACUGCUUCUGAACGCGGUCUGCGAAUUGACAUUCUAUUUGUUUGGAGGAUUACUUAUACUAUGCGGUGUGCUCUCAUUUUUACUGCCGGGAGCACAAAAGACGCCUACAAAUCAAAAGCAACUGCCAUUAGAAGAUAUGACCCGACUAUGAUGAACUACUUCUAAUUUAAAGUAUUAGGUAUAUAAUAUAUUGAUAAAUUAAACUGGUGUUUUAUACGAA